AUGUGCGAACCCAGUCACUUCAAGAAACGACAGGACACAGAGAGUCAGGUACGCCCUGAGGCUUUCCCUUGCAAUUCGGAUCAUUACCUCCACCUCUCACCUUCCAUCACACUUACCUCAUCAAUGACCGACCCGGCAAACGCGCCGCCGCGGUAUACGCCUGAAUUUUGGAUUCAGCACCUGCAGCUGGCGCCGCACCCGGAGGGUGGCUACUAUGUCGAGGUGACACACAGUGCGCACAAGGUGGACAAUGAGGCAGGCAACCGCCGCCUCGCCUACACGACCAUUUACUUUCUCUGCACCACAGAGAGCCCCUCUCACCUGCACCGCCUCUGCUCAGACGAAACAUUCAUACACCACGCCGGCGACCCGCUGCAGCUGCACGUCAUCCUCAGGGAUCCGCAGGAUGAGAACCGCAUCGCCGUACAUCCUCGCGCAGAACCACUUGCGGAGACGGACGGCGCAGAUGCGCGGCUGCCGUACCAGAUUUACCGCCGUGUUCUGCUUGGCGCGCGUGUUGAGAGGGGUGAGGUACUGCAGUACACUGUCCCUGCAGGGGCCAUCUUUGGCUGCUCUGUGGACACAGACAGUCCGGAUGGAAAGAUGGGCUACUCGCUUGUGAGCUGCAUCGUGAGUCCUGGCUUCGAUUUCCACGAUUUCGAACUAUUCACGAAGGCGCAGUUGAUGGAACUUUGCCCGCAGCACGAGGCGGUCAUCAAAGAGAUGGCCUUGGAGACGAUACCGAACUAG